GCGGCCUGGGCGCCGCGCCUCCGCGGGGGUCCCGGCCCCGGCUUGGCGCGGGCUCUGGAGAAGGGCCGCCCCCCUGCCAGUCGCUGACGCCGCACACGGACAUCUUCCUCCUCCUCCGCGAGGGCAGGGGGGCAGCGGGCAGGCCGGCAGCUCCGCCUUCCCUUUUUGCCGAGGGCCUGUUUCCCGGUCCCGGGGUCGCCUCGGCUCCCUGCUUCCAGGCUCAGGCCCUGCUCUUCCGUCGGGGGACCGCUGCCCCCGCCCUCCCACCCUUAGCUGGCUCCGGGAGGCUCCCCGCGCUCUCCCCCGGGCAGGUUCUGAAGGAAAGCUAGUCUCGGCCGGAUCCGAGCGAAUCGGGAGGGUGGGGCCUGAGCCUUGAAGGCCGACGCGGGGAGGGGAUGGCCCGGAGGCAGGAGAAUCAGCUGCGGACAACGAUGGCGACCUUCGUGGUCCUCCACACUGGACAGAAGAUGCCUCUCCUGGGGCUGGGUACCUGGAAGAGUGAGCCUGGGCAGGUGAAGGCAGCUGUCAAGUACGCUCUGAGCGUUGGCUACCGGCACAUCGACUGUGCCGCCAUCUACGGCAACGAGGUGGAGAUUGGGGAGGCCUUGAAGGACAGUGUGGGGCCUGGCAAGACCAUUUCCCGGGAAGAUGUGUUUGUGACCUCCAAGCUGUGGAACACGAAGCACCAGCCGGAAGACGUGGAGCCCGCCCUCAGGAAGACCCUGGCUGACCUGCAGCUGCAGUAUCUGGACCUCUACCUGAUGCACUGGCCCCAUGGCUUUGAGCGGGGGGACAACCCCUUCCCCAAGAACGCCGACGGCACUAUACGCUACGACACCAUCCACUACAAUGAGACCUGGAAGGCGAUGGAGGCGCUGGUGGCCAAGGGGCUGGUGCGAGCGCUGGGGCUCUCCAACUUCAACAGCCGCCAGAUUGACGACAUUCUCAGCGUCGCCACCGUGCGCCCUGCGGUGCUCCAGGUGGAGAGCCACCCUUACCUGGCCCAGAAUGAGCUCAUUGCUCAUUGCCACAAGUCGGGGCUGGAGGUGACGGCCUACAGCCCCCUGGGCUCCUCGGACCGAGCCUGGCGAGACCCACUGGAGCCGGUCUUGCUGGAGGAGCCGCUCGUCCUCGAGCUGGCCAAGAAGUACGAGAAGUCGCCGGCCCAGAUCCUGCUCAGGUGGCAAGUCCAGCGGAAGGUGAUCUGUAUCCCCAAGAGCAUCACUCCUUCCCGGAUCCUCCAGAACAUCCAGGUUUUCGACUUCGCCCUGACCCCGGAGGAGAUGAAGCAGAUGGGGGCUCUGAACAAGAACUGGCGGUACAUUGUGCCCAUGAUAACGAUGGGUGAGAAGCGGGUCCCGAGAGACGCAGGACAUCCUCUGUACCCCUUCAACGAGCCUUUUUAGGGCCUGACGUGUCUGAGCUUUCGCUCCAGGCGGGAGCUGGAAUCAAUACACGCCUCACGGCCUCCCUGA